UGAACAACUCUCUAACARCACAYUUCUAAUCAUGAAUGUCACGAUAGGACGCAGAACCAGAGAAGCAAAAAACAGGUCAGAAAAACGAUAUCUKAUUGAAGACCCCAGCCAGCCAGCAUGCAUGGUAACGGUUCCCAUGGCACCCAACAGUGUUACUUCUUGACRUUCAACACGACAAAAAUCGACCAAGUUAGARAUGUCUACAUCGUUGCAGCGACGUUGGACGCCAUACUUAUUCUACCAACAAUAGCUCUGAAUAUUUUGUUGAUUAUUUCCUUGUAUCGUUCGUCUGAGAUACGUAAACCAUCGACUAAACUUCUCUUCAGCCUGGCCUUGUCRGACGUGUUGGUAGGGAUGUUAGUUGAGCCCGCACUGCUAGCGAAAAAGAUCGCAGAGCUCGAGCACGACUUCCGUGUGUACUGCAGCACAGGAGUGAUCACUUACGCCSUAGGUGGGGCCCUCACGGCCGUCUCCUUCUACACUAUGACGGSAAUCGCUAUAGAUCGCUAUCUUAUCAUACAUAAAGGCUCAAAAUAUCGUACUUUAGUGACAAAUAAGAGRGUGAAAAUCAUUGCAGUAACAUUGUGGCUCUCGGCGUUCAUUAUCAUGACUUCACAAUUAUAUUCCCCCAGAUCACUAUAUUUUAAGGUGGCUGCGUCCAUUACCGUUGCGUGCGUUGUCAUUGCAUGGGUUUGUUAUAUAAAGUGUUUCCUGACGUUGAGAGACCAUCAGAGACUAAUUGGGAAUUUGAAUGAAGGCGUUUCAAGACUGAAGAUAAAAAACACUUGUAAUUAUAGUAAAUCUAUGCACACGAUGUGCUACGUGUUUCUAGCGUUUAACCUCUGUUACCUACCAUUCCUAUUCACUGCGAUAUCUGCUGCGAUAACUGGUGAAUCUGCAGUCAUUUGGGCAGCAGAGAGUAUUGCAUCGGUAUUCAUUUACGGGAACUCGCUUUUAAACCCAAUCAUUUUGUUUUCAAGGAUGAAAGAAAUACGAAGAGCGGUUGUUAUGACAAUGUCAAUCACCCACUCACAUAACUGGCGUAAACGUCAUGACCAAGGACAUGAUUUAAAAUGCAAAAAUGGUGUAAAUGACAUCUGUUGUGAGACACCGCGAAUCCGSUCGAAAAGUCCUUAUAACGAGCUGAUCGAGCUGAAAUUCCAGCGCCAACCGAUUAAGACAGAAGCGUCAAACUGUAAYAAGGAGCUCUAACAUCAGUGCAGUGUUGAUUUCAUUUCUGCUACCAAAAUUGGUGCAGAAAAUGUGGAAACAGAAAGGCCUCCUCUUCAGUACAAAUUGCCAUUAGUAAAAUUGCCAUUAUAUUGUAAAUCUUUCUACUUAGACUACUAGUACUGUCAUUAUGCUAUUUUCAGAUYUGGAUUAUUCCCUUUCACUAUAACAAAAACCAAAUUGAAACCAGCAUAAAAGCACGUUAUAAUAGCCGAAUGAUUUAUGAACCGAUUUCUAAAGAUUUUUGUUUUGUGACUGGUAUUUCGACUGCACCCUAGGAUAAUAGCAAUUUUCGAAGAGCUGUGGUUUGCAUGUGUUCAUUUUUUAAUUUAAAAUUUCCGCUUCCAAAAGGGCGUAAAAAAGUAUAUCGCUAUGCCACGCUGCUGACGAACACAUGGGAUGCAAAUGUGCUUUUAAAUAAUCGCUAGCGAUCGCUCACGUCUACUCAAGAUCAUCACUAACGAUCGCUUAAGAUAAAUCUCGGUUCUGUCCUCGGUGAUCGGGAGAUUACAUUAUAGAUUUUAGAAUAUUUUGAGACUCUUUUAUUGACGCAUAGUUAGUUAUUAACUAUGAUUGACGAUCGGCUACUUCAAAGUAAUCUCUCUAUCGAGCCCGGGCUCCCUCAGUUUAGCUGAUUAAUAGUUAACUAUGUUCAAAGCUGUGUAUAUCAAAAAAUCGAAACAAAAGUCAUGCUUGAAGGCGAUCUAGACUCYGAUCUAAUAAAACUGCAUUAGGACUAAGAACAAUUACAUUACUAAUUCCCAUAUCUAUAGCAAAACCUAAUACUAAAKAGCCACAUUGCAAACACAUCGCGGAAAUAAUAUAUUGAACGUACAGCUACAGGUCACGAAUCUAUAACUCGAGAUUCGACACAAGACAUAUCAGUGUACAAUGAACAAUGGAUGAUUCUGGCUUCGAUAUCAAGCUAAACACCAGCACAUACAAAAUCCAUACAAUACCCCAAUCGACUAGCGUGAAUUCGUGUAGUACGUUGAUGCGCUUUGUUCUAUAACAAUCMYAUAGUUAAUUCAGGUAUUAUGCCAAAGUGUUAAAGCAUCACUUUUCAACUACUGACUGCCGCGCGUCUAGGCGUUUUUACAUUUAAGACUUACAAUACCUCUUACAAAACACCAAAUCGACUUUUUGGCAAAGC